CUAUAAUUACGACAAACUAAAGAAUGGCGCAUUUUUCUGUAGUUUCACUCACCCAAGUUGUUUUGCUGUUGGUUUUCAUCUGCUGGACGACGAGUUCAACUGGCGCUGCCUUUUCCUUGGAGGAAGAAUUCCUACAACUGAAGGAAAAUUAUAUUCAAAUGAAACAAGUCGUGAAAAAUUUGGAGGCCAGAGAUGAAAAAUUGAAAAGUUUGGAAUCGACAGCGAUUGAACAGCAGGGAAAAGUGACACAACUGGAGGCCAAAAUGACACAACUGGAGUCGCAAGGCGAACUAAAUAAUGAACUAAGACAAGACUUGGCAUUGAAAGUAACUCAAUUAGAAGCCAAAAAUGUCCAACUGGAAGUCAAAAUUCAGGACCAAGAAAGAAUUUUAACUUCCUUUUUGGAAGCGGCUGAACUUCCGGUUUCCACUGAUUCAAAAUUAUUUCCAAUUAAAAAAGAAAUUUCAAUUCAUUCAACUGGAAAGAGCGGAAUCCCAAGGACAUGCAGAGGACUCCGUGCGGCCGAUCCUUCACUUUCAUCCGGAAUGCACUGGAUCGAUCCGGACGGACAAGGUGUCGGCGAUGACCCAAUUUACGUUUACUGCGAUAUGACAUCAGGAUCGACUUCAAUUCUACACGAUAGUGAAUCUUCUUUAAAUGUGGGCCACUGCGCCAAGGCCGGAUGUUAUUCACGUUCCAUCAACUACAAUUCGUCAAUGGGACAAAUAAAAGCUUUGAUGGAAUUAUCCACUGAAUGCCAUCAGUCAAUUAGAUACGACUGCAACUAUGCCCCAUUCGAGUUAAAUGGCGUCGCUUAUUCCUGGUGGGACGACAGAGAAGAUAAUGCGCAAUACUUUUGGGCCGGAAGUAACACGGGCGGAGUUCACACCUGCCAGUGCGGAAUUGAUGCAAAUUGCGUCGAUUCGGCGGUGAAAUGCAACUGUGACACGAUUUCACCAAUUCAAUUAGUCGACGACGGUGUCAUAACCGACAAAAAUGUUCUGCCCGUCACUCGUUUGAAUUUCGGACGAACUCAACUGGAAACUUCAUCCGGCGUCCACACGCUCGGCCGACUCGUGUGCACUGGAUCAGUGACUUUGACUGGACUGCCAAAGUCGUGCAAAGAUUUGUGGUUGAUUGGCCACACCCUGAACGGAUUUUAUUCCGUCAUGGGAUCGGCGAUGAUGGAAUCCGUUUACUGCGAUUUCACUAAACCAACUGACGAUGCGGGUUUCCAGAAAUUUAUCGGAUACGCCGACGUCAAAUCGGCGCCCGUCCAUUUCUACGUCCAGAGAAAUUCGUCAUUUUACACCAAAGACACUCCGAUUCCGUUCGACUUGGCGUUGGUGAACGAGGGAAAUGCCAUGGAUUUGACAUCGGGGAAAUUCACGGCACCACGACCGGGAAUUUAUUUCUUCUCAUUCGCGGGACUGGCGCGUCUUUUAAAUUCUUCAUUUUCUGCUGAUUUUUGGUCUUAUCUUUAUUUGAACGGGAAUAAAAUUGGGUCGAGUCGUGUUUACGAGUAUAACGAACCCGUUGAUCAAUAUAGUCCGUUGACCCUCCAGUCGACGCUGAACCUGAAAAAAGGCGACCAAGUCUGGCUGCAGAUUAAUUAUUAUUCUCCUUCAUCCUCGUAUUUGCUUGACAACGGUAACCACCACACCCAUUUCACGGGUUUCAUGUUGGAGGAAGAAAUUAUUGCGUCCCUUUGAGGUUCAACUUCAUUGGCAACUGCGCGACACUUUUUAUGACACGAACAUUUUUGUUUCAUGUUGACACGCAAUUUUGGGGAGGAAGGGAAUUUUAAGGGGGAAGGGUAAUAAACUCAUUCGUUUCCAAUUCAUUAAGGAAUGGACUUUUCUUUACCAAAAUUAAACUGUGGAUGUAAUUACACUUAGUGAAUACACUAACCAAGUUUCAAAAUUCUAUCUGUAAAA